GUCAGUACUAAAUAUUUGUUUUUCAUAAUCGAACUUACAAAUUAUUAUCAACAUUUUCCUUUUUAUUCCGAUUGUAGCCCCUAGUUCAGCUCCAUAUUCAGUCGAAACAGUUACCGUUUCAGAUGAUUCUGUCUUAGUGAGUUGGAAACCACCAAAAGAAGCAAAUGGGAAGAUAAUUGGAUAUAAUGUUUUCUACAAUAGAAAUCCACAAGCUCCAUUAAAUCACUGGCAAAAAAUUGGUACACAAUUUGAAAGUGUCAAACUGGAAAAAUUGUUCACAUCCGAAACUUAUCAUAUUCGUGUAAGUGCUCAAAAUUCUGCUGGUGAAGGUCCAUUAACUGAUGCCUAUCAAGUAUUAGUCAAAUUCGGAAUUCCAUCUCAACCUCGUGAAUUCAUUGGUUUAAGCUUUAAUCCUAAAGAAAUACAUCUGAGUUGGAUUACACCUAAUUUACCAGUAAAGAUUAAUUUACAAGAUUAUUUGUUGAGAUAUCGAUUAGCUGUUGAUAAUAACUUGGAUAAAAGUAAACAAAAACCAACAGAGAUCACUUUGUCAGCGGAUUUAACGGAAUAUUUGAUGGAGAAUUUAAUUCCAAAUUCAACUUAUCACAUUUCUUUAGCUGCUCGUACAAAAUAUGGCACUGGAAUCGCAGCACAAAUUAAAGUGCAAACUGAUAGUAAUGUUCCUGGAACACCUAUCCUACAUGAAUUAAGCAUUUUGGAUUCAUUUAGUAUACGUAUACGUUGGUUAGCACCUCAUGGAGUUUUAGACAAUAAUAAUGUAUCACAAUAUUUAAGUCGAUUUAGUAAUACAUUGAUGAGAACUGAAAAACCAUCAAAAGUUUUACAUUAUUUAGUGCAAUGGUCAGCAUUUCCGUUUACAGAUUGGGAACAGAAUAAAGUAUCUAUUAAUUAUUUAUAUCCUAUGCAACAAAUUUAUGAAUACAUUAUACAUGGUCUUUUAUCACGUACAACAUAUCGUAUUCGAAUAAUGGCUGUUGGAUCGGAAGGUAUGAGUUCUGCACUUGAAUUAGGACCUAUUAAAACUAAAGGUCAAGUUCCUUCUGCUCCACGCAAUUUACGUUUGAAUCAAUUACGACGAGCUACUCCACCUGGUGCAAGUGAUCCUAAAGCAGAUUAUGCAAUAUUGGAACUGGCAUGGGAUCCACCUGAAAGAACACAUGGUGAUAUACGAGGUUAUCAAGUGUCACAUAGUCUGAUUGGUCCAAUUGACAUAUUAUAUUCUACAUUGAACAGAGUGGACACAGAUUCAAGUUCACGACCUCCAUCAAAACCGAUUGUAAGGAAUGUUACACAAACAGCCUACACAUCAGUUUUGUCGGAUGGAAUAAAAUUUGGACGUACUUAUCAAUUUGAAGUGGCUGCUUACAAUGGAGUCGAUCUCGGUCUACCAGCCCAGUUAAAUAUCAGUACACCUGAAGAUGUACAUGGAAGCUAUUCACUACAUGUACGUGUCAAAGGACUUUCAGCAACUGCGAUCGAAGUUGCAUGGACCCCACCUCCAAGACAAAAGUGGGCUGAAGAAAUUACAAGCUAUCAGGUUCGAUAUUUUCAACCAAGUGCACCAAAUGAAACUGAAGUUGUCAAAACAACACAAGAACCAUUAAUACAAAUUGAAAAUCUUAAAGAGCGUACAUUCUAUACAGUUUUAGUACGGGCAAUGACUAAAAAUGGACCAGGACCAUGGUCAGCAGCGAGUACAAUUCGUACUACAGCUGAAUUACCGGAACCUCCAUCACAAAUUAAUGGUCUACGUAUAAAUCCAAGACAAAUUAAAGUUACAUGGAAUACAAUGCCUGUAGGCCCUAUAACAAAACCUCAAAUACCAAUAACUGGAUUUCGUAUAUUUUAUUCAACAAAUGAAAAUACACAAGAUUUGAAUACAUGGCAAAUUUUGGAUGUUGGUCCAGUUACAAUGGCUACACUUGAUUUAUUAGAUCCACAAAAAGAUUAUGUUAUAAGAAUUAAAUCAAGAGGUGCAGAUCGGAGACAUGGAAGAUUAAGUGAACCUAUUCAUGUUGGAAUAUAUAAUCCACAUGAAAUUAAUGGAAUCAAUAAAGAGAUCAAUAACUUGCCAGAUUCUGGAUUAACAGAUUCAAAACGAAUCAGUCAUUUGUCGUGUGCUUGGGUUCAAACUUUAGAGACAGCUAAACCCGGUGAAGCAAGUCUUAAGAUUUCAUGGAGACGUCCUCGUCAACUUGAAGGUCUUUAUCAGUUUGAAAUUCAGUUACUUGGAUCAAAAAUAUAUACCGAUGAACGAAAUCAUCCACAUCGGAUACUUUAUGAACCACGUUCAGUAGAAGUUACAACAUCAAUGCUAGAACAAUCUUCAGGCUCCAGUAUAAACACAAAUGGUGGGUACAUGUCACCCAUGUCAGAUAAUCCUCAGUAUGAGUUAGUCAUUGAUGAACUGGAAGCGAAUACAGUUUAUGAUGUACAAAUUAGGCCUAUUUAUACACAGCAUGAUCAGAACGCGGUUAUUGAAAAUCCAACUCCAACAGGACGUACAAGUUGUCGGACACAAAUGCUCCCCCCACUUUUAGUUCCUCGACCCAUACCAGUCACAGUAAAACCAAUGACAGGACAAGUAGUUAUGCGCGUAUUUCGUGUCUCUGAAAGUCUUGGUCGUAUUAGGAGAUAUUAUUUAGUUUUAUGUAAAGUUCUUCCAACAGAAGCUUCAAACUUAACUCCAACAUCGAAAGAAUUUAAUUGGCCAGAAAAACUUCAUGAAGCAACACAAUCUUGGAAUGAAAAUAUAUUUAUUGCAGCUGAGUAUAGUCAAGAAGCUUUUGUUGGACCAUAUGUUGAAAUAUUUCUAAAUAUACCAACAUCAUUGACAAAAAAACGAUUUAAACGCAACACUUUAAAUGAGUCAAAUGUUGGUACUGAUCAAAUUCAACAACUACAAAAUGAUAAACCACCGUAUUCAGAGAAAUCAAGUACAAAUUCAUUACCUGAAAUUUUAGUUUAUGGUAGACAAUUGAUAAAGAAUCAAAAAUAUAAAGCAUUUGUUUUAGCGUGCAUUUAUCCAAAUAUGUUACCAUUUGGUGGCAAUACAAAUACUAUUUCAACAGGUACAAGUACAUCAAUAGAUUCAUAUUUAUAUAAUCGUGAACAACCAUUGGAAGAUGAAGAGAAUCUUUCUAAAGAAUUAUGUACACCAAGUUUAUGGUCAGUACAUUUUCAACCAGAUCAAGAGAUUAUGUAUACAGAUCAACAGAUUAGUGAAAUGCAUGCUAGUGAAACAAAUUUAAAAGUGAAUAGUGAAACGAAUGCAAUGAAAAUAUCCAAUACAAAUUCGCAAAGUGAAUUCUUUGCUAAAUUUGCUAAUGGUGCAGAUUUUUUUACUAUUACAUUGAUUAUAGUCAUUGCAAGUCUUAGUAUAAUAGCUACAAUAUGCACUGCCGUUGGAUGUUUUAUGAAAAAACGUCGAAAAAAACCUAUGGAUAAUGAUAUUUCAAUCACAUUAACACCAUCGGAUGGAAUGUUGAAGACUCCAUUAAUGCCUCAAUCAGUUCAGAAUUUCUCAGGUACCAACGGAGCAAUUGAACAUGAACCAAUGGAUCCGGAAACACCAGACAAUCCUACACCAGUACAUACACCGAUACGUUCAGCUAUACCAAUAUUACGCCUACCAGAAUAUGUAACUACGCUUAAACGUGACAGUGGAAUAGGUAUAGCAGAAGAGUAUGAAAGUAUUGAAACUAGAAACGAUCUAACAUGGAAACAUGCUAAUAUGGAAGAGAACAGACCGAAAAAUCGUUAUGCCAACAUUAUUGCCUAUGAUCAAUCACGUGUAAUCCUCAGUGAAAUUAGUUGUAUCCCUGGCUCUGAUUAUAUCAAUGCUAAUUAUAUAGAUGGAUAUCAAAAGAAAAAUGCAUAUAUUGCGACUCAGGGUCCACUGCCAGGUACAUUUUAUGAUUUUUGGCGAAUGGUAUGGGAACAGAACAGUCGUGUCAUUGUGAUGAUGACACAUUUAGAAGAGAGAGCACGUAUUAAAUGUGAUCAAUAUUGGCCGAAUAGAGGAAAAGAAGUAUUUUCUUUUCAACAACAGAUACAAUGUCAACAACAAGAACAUAAUAGUAAAAUUAAUUAUGAUAUUAAUUAUGCCUCUGUGCCUACAUAUACUGUGAUUACUAAAAGUGUACAAGAAUUUGCUUAUUAUACAUUGCGUACAUUUAUUUUGCAACGUAAUGAUGAAACUAAUAUAUUAGAAACAGAUUCAGUUGGUUUCAAUCAACGCCAACAUCUAACUGAUUCAAGUAUGAAUAUUGAACAAAGAGAGAUUAAACAAUUUCAAUUUACAGCUUGGCCUGAUUAUGGUACACCAGAUUAUCCGCAACCGUUACUAUUAUUUAUUAGACGUGUUGGUCAAGUACGUUCACAGUUAAUGCAUCAUUUACAACAAGAACGUUUAGUUAAUGAUGAGAAAACUAAUUCAAGAGAAUUAAAAUCACAAUCAACUGAUAUUCAUAACUCUAUGAAUUUAAAUUUUUCUGAUGAAAUUGGACCUUUAAUUGUUCAUUGUUCAGCUGGGGUUGGUCGUACAGGUGCAUUUAUUGUCAUCGAUUCUCAGCUUGAACGACUCAAACAUGAAAAUUCAGUAGACAUAUUUGGUGCAGUGUGUCGAAUGCGUGCACAAAGAAAUUUCAUGGUACAAACAGAGGAACAGUAUGCAUUUUUAUAUGAUGUAUUUGUUGAAGCAGCUGAAGUACAUGGUACUGAAGUUACAGCGCAUGGAUUAUACAAUCAUGUUGUAAAAUUACGUCAACCUGUACCAACAUGUGUUUUAGCUGGUUAUAAUUUACUACCAAAUGGCUUACAAGAUAAUAAUCAGUUAACAUCCUCUAUAAAAAUUUCAAGUUUGGAAUUAGAAUUUAAAAAAUUAAAUCGUAACUUACUAAAUAAACGUCAAAUAACUACAGCUCUGAUAAGUGAGAACAGAACAAAAAACCGAGAUUUAGACAUACUCCCUUAUGAAUCUAACCGUGUCUGCUUGUCAAUAAUCCGCGGAGUAAAAGGAUCAGAUUAUAUUAAUGCCAGUUAUAUAGAUGGAUAUCGUAAGAGUCGGGCUUAUAUUGCAACUCAAACACCUUUACCUCAUACUGUGGAGGAUUUUUGGAGAUUAAUUUGGGAAUGUAAUUCACCUAUAAUAGUUGCAUUUAGUGAUGCUAGAGAGAUGAAUUUAAUACCAACCGAUGCUAAUCAAUAUUGGCCAAGUGAUAGAUCGACAAGAUAUCAGAAUUUAAUGAUCGAACCUAUGGUUGAGUAUAAUAUGCCACACUUUAUACUACGAGAAUUUCGGCUCACAGAUACAACAGACGGUCAGUCACGUACUUUAAGACAAUUUCAACUGCAUGGAUGGCCACAUGACAGUAUAGUACCUAAAUCUGCCGAAGCUAUUAUUGAUUUAAUUGGACAAGUACAUAAAACUCAAAUUCAAUUUGGACAAGAUGGCCCUAUAACUGUACACUGCAACACGGGAUCAGGAAGAACGGGUGUAUUCAUAUGCUUAAGUAUUUUAUUAGAUAGAAUGAGAACUGAAGGUAUGGUAGAUAUGUUUCUUAUCACACGUAUGUUACGUACACAACGAAUUAACACUAUACAAACGUCUGAUCAAUAUGCAUUUUGUUACGCAGCUACUCUAGAAUAUUUAGCCUCAUUCGAUCAUUAUAUGAGUUGA